AAAUGGCGGCGCCUGUUUUACAAUGGGUGUACCGAUGAUCCUCUGUUGGCCAACGCUUUUUCUAUCAACGGUGUUGCAUUAGUUGAUCUGCUUGUACUAGACACCUAAGCACACUGGACUUGAUGAUAAAGUCCAAUGCUGCCGGACCAUCCACGGUUCCCUCUUCUCUGCCAAUGAAGGAAUCCAGGGAAAACUUGAUCAUGAGCGGCCAGGCAGUUCUAGACCACAUAAAGCCCUGCUGGUAUUGGGACAAGAAGGACUUGGCCCACACACCCUCUCAGUCUGAGGGCCUUGACCCUGGCACGGAGGCCCGCUAUCGGAGGGAAGGCGCCCGGUUUAUAUUCGAUGUGGGAACCAGACUCGGCCUACAUUAUGACACUUUGGCGACUGGCAUCAUUUAUUUCCAUCGCUUCUACAUGUUUCAUUCCUUCAAGCAGUUUCCCAGAUAUGUGACCGGAGCGUGCUGUCUUUUUCUGGCGGGAAAAGUGGAGGAGACGCCAAAGAAGUGUAAAGACAUUAUCAAAACAGCUCGCAGCCUUUUGAAUGAUGUGCAGUUUGCCCAGUUUGGAGAUGAUCCAAAGGAAGAAGUGAUGGUGUUGGAACGAAUCCUGCUCCAGACCAUCAAGUUUGACCUGCAGGUGGAGCACCCCUACAUGUUUCUGCUGCGCUAUGUGAAGCAGCUCAAAGGGGAGAAGAAUAAAGUCUGCAAGGUGCUGCAGAUGGCGUGGACCUUUGUCAACGACAGCCUGUGCACCAUGCUGUCCCUACAGUGGGAGCCUGAGAUCAUCGCAGUGGCCGUCAUGUAUCUCGCCGGCCGCCUCUGCAAGUUUGACAUCCAGGAGUGGACCUCCAAACAGUCGUCCCGCCGCUGGUGGGAGCAGUUCGUUCAGGAUGUCCCAGUGGAGCUGCUGGAAGACAUCUGCCACCAGAUCCUGGACCUGUACUCGCACGGCAACAAGCCCAUCCCACAGCAGAUGCAGGAGAAGGAGCGCGCGUCGGUCCCGAUGCCGCCUGCUCCUCCGAUCCCCCAGGCACCACCUCAGACCACCAAUCCUCCUCCUCCGCCGCCACCUAAGAAAACCUCACCACCAGGGGGCAGCCCCGCACGGCCGAUGAAGCGCUCACACACGUCUCCAAAACCUGAGGAACCGAAAGCACCAGAACCAGUUGGUGCAAAGAUCCCACGGUUGGAGAGCCCACUGCCCCCACUGCCCACAUCACAGCCUCCCCCAGAGCGAAAACCUGCAGCCCCGGCUCCGCCUGCUGAAGCAGAACCGGCCGUGGAAGUGGCACCUCCGCCUCCACAUGCCCCGCCUCCCCACCAGCCCCCUCCCCUCCCACACCGCCCGCCUCCGCCGCCACCCUCCAACUACAUCAUGUCCACCACCGGCUCGUACAUGUCCGGAGAGGGCUACCAGAGCCUGCAGUCCAUGAUGAAGACGGAAGGUCCCACCUACGCGCCCAUGCCACCCAGUUAUGCCCCCCCCAUGCCGCCCUAUCACCCCCAUGUUUACCCUCCCACACCCCCACCUCCCGGACCCCCACCUCCUCCAGCCUCAUACCCACCACCAAGCUUGGCUCCUGCCUAUCCACCGCCAGGCUACAACAGCUACCCGCCGCCGCCGCCACGGAUGCCACCAGGCCACGUGCCUCCUCCGGGAAUAGGCCUUCCUCCUACUGGCUACCCUCCUCCCCCGGUGCCACCACCUGGGCAGUCUCAGGUGCCUCUGCCGCCUCCUCCUGGCAUGCCCUUGAACCGCGGCGGGUGGAUGAGAUGAUGCCCUCGAUGAGAGGCGGACUGAAACCCUACUGCUCUGCUUCAACAGCAGCAUGAGCACGACUGUCCAAAAUCCCACUUAAUCUGAGGGUCAAACCAGGAACUUCUCCGGUUUGCAAUACAGAAUCUGCAAGUCUGUUCACCUGAGAAGUCUUUUUUUUUUUUUUUUUUAUACUCAUCUUGCAAGAGACUUAUAGAGGUUAAGUGACCAUUUCAUACCUCCUGCUAACCUUUUUUUGUUUUUUUUCUAGAUUGUACCUUAAUUUUAAAGCAGUAUGAAGUUGUCAUUCCUGUCAGUUGCUUUAUAAAAUUAUAAUGAAAAAAAAGCGCUUCUUAUUUUUUCACUUGACACCUGUUGACAUUUUGAAUUUCUCUUGAAUCAGUCCAACUCAAUCUGAAAUGAUUCCUUUUCCACUUGGGGUUAGAAGCUCAGCACAUAAGUAAUUCACAUCAUAAAUGAUCAACAUUUAUCCUCGGACUGUUGUGAACAUGGAGCAUGUUGAGGUCAGCUAACUGCUGUUAGCACAUCACAUCCCGCCACAUUCUAUCAUGUGUCAGAAAUUGAUAGAUUUUUUUUUAUUUCUUCACGAUCUUACUCACUGCCCCGUAUUGUCCUGUGGAAAGACGGUGAGCUCAUGAGUGCUCAGGAGGAGGUUCUGUUUUUUUGUUUGGUUUGUAAACCCAGGAGGUCUGUUAACAUUGCUGAAUUCAUCUCUUCACUUCCUGCUGCUGUAAAACAACCCCACAUCAUGAUCCUCCACUGUUUGCGGUAACCAAGGACUCUGUGCUCUUCAGUACCUUCAAACAGCAGAUUUGUUUCUGCACCCAGGUCCUGAUUUUCAGAUGCCACCAGAUGGCACUGUCCACUGUUUGGACUUGAACAACUAAUUCAAUAAAACCUCAUUUCUAAACCAAGAGCGCCGCCUAGUGGCCUCUGAAAAUUAAUACACUGUUUCAUGAUACCUCUGCUCCAACCAACCUUUUCACCUGUCUUCAGACAUCAAGUCAGAAGCAGACUGAGCCAUCCUCAAUUCACCACUGAAGCUGCAGAAAGAGCUCAUGUUUGAGCUUCAUGGCAAGGCUCUGAAUAUGUUUUUAAAUACAAAAUAAUUUAAAUAAACGUUUUCACUUUGCCCUCACAGAAUAUUGUGUGUAUACAUUUAAGAGGAAAAACUUAAUUCUG